AAAACAGGGGAGAAGCCAUCCAUCUCAAAUCGAUAUUUUUAUCAUUUCGUCUCGCAUUUUCCCACUUUUUUGCUAGCGAUUGGAGAGAUGAUGUUUUUUGGCUGGCGGAAUAGGCUGUCUCGCGUCAUAUUGGUGUUUAUUAUUUGACGGGAGAUGUGCCCGAAUGUCUCGGGUGCUCCUUGACUACAAGGCCGCUGCGCCUCCGCUCUCAGCUGCUUCGGCUUCCAUUGGGAGUUCAAGUCCAGUUGGCUCUUUGUCGUCGGAAGAUCAUGACUUCGACCCGACUGCGGAGAUGCUAGUUCACGAGUACGACGACGAGAGGACCCUGGAGGAGGAGGAGUCUCUGGAAGGGGGAGGCAAUUUCAGCUCCGAGAUUGCGGAUCUGGAGAAGGAAGGGAACAUGCCGCUGGAGGAGCUGCUGGCUAUCUAUCGCUACGACGCCUCGGCCGGUUCCAGUAUAGACAGCUCCUCGGGCGACCUCACCGACGAGCUACCCGACAUGACUUUGGACAAGGAGGAAAUUGCCAAAGACCUGCUGUCUGGCGACUACGAGGAGGAGACCCAGUCAUCGGCGGAUGACCUCACCCCUUCGGUCACCUCCCACGAGGCCACCGAUUUCUUCCCCAGAACGCUGCGUUCCAACGCCGUCUCUGACGGGGAUAAAGACUCAGAGUGUGAUGACGACGGUCCAAGUCCAGAAGACUCGAGAAAGGAAAUAAUGGUGGGCGCCGAGUACCAAGCGGAGGUUCCUUUGACCGUCUGCCCCUACAUAGAAGGGGAGAAAGUGUACGAAGAGGAAGACGAGCUCAUGUGGAGCCCGGGCCCGCUGCCGGAGAGCAAGAUCAGGAGCUUCCUGACUGACGUGAUGUCACGGACGACGGACGAGAAGACGACGCACGACAAACUGCAUGUUCGAGACAACGAGCAGGCUUUGCUUGAGCUCGUCAAGUGCAACUACAACACUCACGAGGCGCUCGAACAAUAUUGUAGCCACCUCAAGUCCUCGAAAGAAAAAUGUCCUCCGUGGUCUGAAGAGGAGUGCAAGAACUUUGAACACGCUCUGCAGAUGUAUGACAAGAAUUUUCACCUCAUCCAGAAACACAAAGUGACAACGCGAACGGUAGCGGAAUGCGUCGCGUUUUACUACAUGUGGAAGAAGUCGGAGCGUUUCGACGUCUUCGUGCAGCAGAAUCGCUUCGGCAAGAAAAAGUACAGCAGCUACCCCGGCGUGACAGACCUUAUGGACAGGCUGGUGGACGAAGCCGAAGGUUUGGCCGUGGACAGUUCGUCGUCCGUGUGCUCGGCGGGCGGCGGCGGAGGAGGAAGGAUAGAAAGCGCCACGGAUCAACAGCUCAGCCUGCUCAACUCCAUCACGGCCAGCGACCUCACAGCUCUGAGCAACAGCGUAGCGACGGUGUGCAGCCCGGCCGAGGUGACGUGCCUGGACUCGUACAGCUUCCCCCCGCUGGACGGCCUCCACCGCGCCUCCCUCAACCACGACGAGCCGCUGGGCUUCCCGUCGGGAGGCGCCGACGCCGACUGCCUCAACAUGCUGGACGCCGGCUUCUACCACUCGGAUCUGGGCCAGCUGAGCGGCGUGUGCGUCGCCAAGGACUGCGAGCGACCCUCCAAGAGACUCAAGAUGGCGCUGCCGGACUCGUACAUGGGCGACGUCUCCGUGAGCAACCUGGGCGUGGACUUUGAAGCGCGCCGGACCGCGCCGCACCACCACCGGAUAACCGGCGCCAAAAUGGCCGUGUCGGUCACGGACUUCGGCGAGCCCAACGGAUUUUUGGCGGGCCACGCGCGCCACCACACGCAACACACUGCAGCACUUCAGUCCGACUGAUCUUCCUCGUCCUCUUCCUUCAUUCUUCCUUUUUUUUGCGUGUACAUAAGAAGACUGACCUCACAUAUUGUUAUAUAUAUAUAUAUAUAUAUAUAUAUAUGUGUACAGAAAUAUAAUUUUGUUUUCAUUUUUGUGUACUAUGACAUCAGUGAUGUCUCUCAUAUAUAGAUCUAAAAAUCUUGAUUUCUCUCAAGAGUUUAUAAUAGCCAUUUUAUUUGUCGCCGUGGUAACGUCCAUGUACAGUUUGGUAAACAGCGCCCUGUCGUUUUUUUUUUUUCUGCUGCCAAAAUCAUAUUUAGAAGGUGCUUAUUUUAGAGUGGUACUUUUUUUUUUUUAAAGCAGUGUUUGGUUUACAGGUACGUCGCAGUAAGCGUGUCGCGAGCUUUUUGGUUUCUUGUUUGAAUGAACCCGUCGUGACUCCUCCACUAGCGAAAAACACGUUUUUGCAGUCGCGCUUUAGAGGGGACGUGCAUAAAAAAAAAAAAAAAAAAUCUUAGUUUUAAGUGAAGGCAAUUCCAAAUUUUGGGCAGGUUUUCUGUCAAAAUGAAAACAAAUUCUCAAACAUCAAGUGAAGUACUUGAAGCGGGUGGGAUCGGCCCCCCGCGCCUUGAAUUUGAGACCUGUACGCCAAGUAAUCAGGAGAUAACCCCCCCCCCCAAAAAAAGAAAAAGUAUUUAAGUUACGAAAUCAUUGUCGUUAAGAAGUCAUACAAACGUUCAAAUUGGCCACUAAUUAAAAUCCGGUGAAGCUUUGGCCAAGUUUAUUUUGAUUCUCGAAUUAAUGUUUUGUUCAUCACCGAGUUAGCAAAACUGAGAGCACUCGUUAAAUUCCAUGAGUAGUUUUUUGGUCCAUUUUUAAAUGUGUGUAAAAUUUGGUCAUCAGGCAAUUUCGUGCUCUUGCUUUCCCGAGUCACGCCGGUUUGUUCCGUUGUUGGUGUGAACGCCAUCCAUUCACACGUGCUCAUUGGGCGGCACGGUCGCUCAGCUUGAAAGUGUCGGCCUCAGUUCUGAGGAUCCGGGUUCGAUCCCAGCCCCCGCCUGUGUGGAGUUUGCCUGUUCUCCCCGUGCCUGCCUGGGUUUUCUCCGCACUCCAGUUUCCUCCCGCAUCCCAAAAACAUGCAACAUUAACUGGACACUAAAUUGUCCCAAGGUGUGAUUGCGAGUGCGGCUGUUUGUCUCCAUGUGCCCUGCGAUUGGCUGGCGACCAGUUCAGGGUGUACCCCGCCUCAGCUGGGAUAGGCUCCAGCACUCCCUGCGACCCCCCCCCCCCCCCCGUGAGGAUAAGCGGCUUAAAAAAUGGAUGGAUGAAUGACGAACGAACUGGUGACUAAUUGUCUGCCACGGACUCAACCUCAACCCUGAGUGGACUUAAAUUUACUUGUUCAUAGCCCUUGUGAGGAUAAGCGGCUCAGAUGGAUAGCGGUCGAUGGACAUUUCAAUUUGCCCAAUUCUGUCUGCCGGUUUGAAGUAUCCCCCAUUGUUACUGACGUGGUUAGUGAUUUUUAAUUCAAAUGUUUUCACGUUUUGUUGUUCUUUUCUUUGAUUUUAAAGUCCAACUUGAUUUCUUUGCUCCCGCCCCCGUCGCAAUAUUAGCGUGAAACUGGAAACGACAGCAUUGCUUUUCCUGAAACGUUUUCUAGUCGCGACACUCAGCAUUUGUACUUAAAUUUACGUUAGUCCCCGUCACGUCGCAAUUGUGAUUUUGUGUGUACGUGCGAACUUCAGUAUUGGACGCCAGCACAGAUGUGUGUGUGUGUUGGCUGUGUAGCAAAAUGGGGGUGGGGGUGUUAUGGUGGUUGUCAGACCAUAUCAUAUUUUAACGUAGAGAUCUUCACGCAUCUAUGCAUCGUGUGACGCGGAGGGUUCAUUUCAGGGGCUGUACCUUUGUGUGUUUGCAGUGUACACACACGCUUGGAUCAACUCAUCCACGCUGUCCACGGCAUCGUUGAUGUAAAUAAGAAUUAGCAAGUAGCCUUUAAAAAGUCGAAAGACCUGACCUCUAUUUGUCAAUCUUGUGUGCAUACAAAGCUCAUUAUUAUUAUUAUUAUUAUAUGUUUGUUUUUAAAAUGGCCAUACAUUUGUAGAUAUGUACAGAAUUUUGAGGGGUUUUUUUUUUUUUUUUUUUUUUGCCUUCUACUGGUUGACUUGGGGUUGUUUGGCUUGUUUUUUGUUUUGUUUUUUUUUCCAUUAGAUGCGUUGAAACGCAAUCCGCGAACGUUUCAAAACCUCGUAAAGUGAAAUUUGGUCCGUCCCAGGGUCAAACUCCCCAUUGAUGUGUAUACGGUAACUAUUAUUUUUUGUUUUACGCUAUCCUUGGGUUGUUACAAAUGUGCUGAGUCACAUCAUAAGGUUUCCUUUGGCAUCGUGAAAAAAAACUCAAAAAGUUGGACCCAGACGUGCUUUGGCCGCGCACGCCAACCAAUUGCCCCCAACGCGUCAAUUAUUGCAAUUAUUUGCAUUAUUGCAUCAAGAGAAACUCUUCCUAUAUUUGUCUCGAUGGUAAAGGGAUGGCUGCUGCUCUUUGGGGAGAUGUUUUGUAGUUUUUAUUUUAUUUUUGUCCCAAAAAAAAAAAAAAAAAAAUGCAGUAGGUGGUGACUAGCGGUGCAGUGCUAUUUAUUAAUUUCACUUUGUGGUUUGUACAAACACGUGUCGGAAUGUAAAAGGCCAUUUUAGAAGUGGUAGCUUUGAGUAUUUUUUUUCCCCUUUCACCACCCUGUGAACUCUGGAAAAAUGUGAUAUUUUAUUAAUGUGGGAGCGUGUGCGCGUGUGUGUGUUUGUGCAAGAAAGCACUAAGCAAAUUUUAUUUUAUAUUUUUUUUUAAAGUCAUUUUGCAGGAAAAAAAAUAGUAAAUACCUUUUUGUGAAUAAAAACCCCUACAGAAAAACAAUAUAUCCAGAAUUCUAGACAAUCAAAAAGGCAUCGCUAUAGAGAAAUGUUCCAGAACAGAAGUUAUCUUUAUUGUUUAUAAGAAUUGUACAUAGACAUUCUGUUUGCUUGUUUGUUUUCUCUCUGCAUUUGUUAGACAUUCUUUUGUAUUUUCUGUUCUUCUUUAAUACCUUGUGUACAGAUCCAGAAAUAAAAGCUCUGGAAAAUGAUUCUGCAAAAACUUA